AUGGAGACGUACGAAGCCAUUGCCACAAAGCUCGAGCUCAUGGAGGCAGCUGUUGUCGCUGUGCCGAGCGAUCGACGGUACGAGAGGCUCGCCCGCCUCGUCGAUGUCAACGGAAUCGACAGCCUCGUGCCGAGCAAGUACGUGUACGGUCGCCUCGGUCCCACAUCAUGGGACGCUCGCCACUACUUUGAGACCGCCCGCGGCACGAUUGAAGUCGAAGUCUCGUGGCAGAUGCUGGCCCAGCGAACUUACGUGGACGGUCACGAAGCCAUGUCGGUCCUCCUGCAGACAUCGCUGGGCGAGGUCGUCGUCGAUUUGCGCGUCAAGGAGGCGCCACGUACGUGCCUCAACUUCCUCAAGCUCUGCAAGCUCAAGUACUACAACAAUGUGCUCUUCUUCAACGUGCAAGAGAACCUGCUCGUGCAGACGGGCGACCCGACGGGCACGGGCUCGGGCGGCGACUCGGUCUUCCACGUGCUCGAACCGCGCCAGCCGCGCGCCUUUCCGGACGAGCUAGGCCUUAAGAAGCAGGUGCUGUCCAAAGGCUGCCUCUGCAUGGCCAACACGGGCCCGGACUCGAACACGAGCCAGUUCUUCGUCACGAUGCGCGACGACGAUCUGACACAAUUCGCGGGCAACACGCUCUUUGGCCACGUUGUCGAGGGCCUCGAAAUCCUCCAGUCGAUCAGCGAGCUCUACGCCGAUAGCCACGGCCGGCCAUACCAGGACUGCCGUAUCUUGCAUACAUUUGUACUCGACGACCCGUUCCCGGAUCCGCCGGGCCUCGUCGAGCCGCCGUCGUCGCCGACGCACGAGCGCCCGCCAACCGAGUCGGUCGAAGUCCGGCUGAGUGUCUUGGACAAGCUCGACGAGUACGAGGGCAAGACGGAAGAAGAGGUUGCGAUCAUGCAGCGGGACCGCGAAGCCAAGUCGCGCAGUGUGUUUCUCGAGAUCAUUGGCGACUUGCCGGACGCAGACGUCAAGCCGCCCGAGGAAGUCCUCUUCUUGUGCAAGCUCAACCCUGUGACGACGGCCGAGGACCUCGAGCUCAUUUUUUCGCGCUUUGGUCCGUGCACGGCCCACAUCAUCCUCGACUACAAGACCGGCGACAGUCUCUGCUUUGGUUUCGUCGAGUUCACCGACAAGGAGCACUGUAUCGAAGCGUGCUUCAAGAUGAACAACGUGCUUAUUGACGACCGGCGUGUCAAAGUCGACUUUUCCCAGUCGGUCUCCAAGCUCUGGAACAAAUUUCGCCGCAACGAAAAGCAGUCCAAGGAGAUCGACCCUACCCCCGAAGACGAGGCAGCCAAGCGUCCCGCCAAGUACGACUUUGUGGACGAACCAGAGCGCCGCCGGGACGACCACAAGCGCAGCCACCGGCGGGACGAGCUCAAGAAGGCGGAAGUCCGUCGGGACGACCGGAAAACCGAGAGUCGCCGCCGAGACGACGACCGCCGCCAUCGCAGCCGCGACCGCAGUGAUCGGCGCGAAGACCGCAAGCGCAGCGAAGAGCGUGGUCGGUCCCGUCGCAGCCGGUCCCGCGAGAGCCGCCACAAGUCGCGGUCGCGCGACCGGUCCGAUCGACGUUAAGAGAUAUUGCUGUAUAUAAUGGCUCCCGCUCCAUUUUGAACCUCCUUGGUACGGGACGAGGUAGUAUAGAGUCACAGCGAGGACCAUGAAGUUGCUGUCGGGUGGUAGAACGGGCACGUGAGAUGUCGUAGAGGCUGCCUUUCGAGUCUGAUGGUAGCGUAUGGGACGAGCCCGAUUCCUAGUAGAUCUUAG